AAUAAAAAUUAUUUUCAAAAAGUAAAAGAGAUCGUUGAAGUUUUAUUUAUUUAAUUUAAUUUAAUUAAUAAAGCGAGUAGUAAUAAGAAACGGAAAAAAACAAAGAAAAAAAGAAAGAGAUGCGUGAAACAUCACAGAGUAAGAAAAGAAGAAAAAAUGCAAAGAUCUCUUCUAACGCCAAUGGCAACAGAUCCAUAUUACGCUUCCAAUAAACCCUAACCCUAAUCCUUUCUUCUAUCAACGAACGCUUCAGAAAUGGUUGAGGUAGCGAAAAUAUUGUACAUGGUGGUGGUUGAUGAAGGUGAGAAGAAAGACAAGGUGAAGUUGAAGGAAAAGGAAAAGGAGUCGUUUCGUUAUACGCGUCCUGUUUUACAGAGUACACUUCAGCUUAUGGGAUGUAAAGCUCGUCAUGCUUUCAAGAUUAGCCGAAGAGUUUUUGAACUCACAACGAGUGGGAGUUCUACCGAUGCUUUCAAGUCCAAAGGAAUGGUUUUAUCAGGUUUUGAUGCUUCUAAAGGAAAUGUGACAAAAGAUUUUCAGGAAGCUUCUGCUUGCCUGGGUAAAACAGAUAUAGGCAACCACUUACUUUCAGGGAAAGAUUAUGGAAGUAAGAGCGUGCCGUUUGAAUUGUACAAAAGGCGUACAACUGUAUUUGUUAGGAGAGAAACUUUUCUAGAUAUCGUCUGUGAUGUUAUGGCUGAGUACAAGUAUGUGGGUCCAAACCAGAGAGCAGACUUGAUACUAGCUUGCAGGAUCCGAGAACGGAAGGAAUCUGUGACAGUGCUGCUGUGUGGCACUAGUGGUUGUGGCAAAUCCACAUUGUCUGCAUUGCUGGGAAGUCGGUUGGGAAUCACAACAGUUGUAUCGACCGAUUCUAUUAGGCACAUGAUGAGAGGUUUUGCUAGUGAAAAGGAAAACCCCUUGUUAUGGGCCUCUACCUACCAUGCAGGCGAGUGUUUGGAUCCUGUAGCUGUUGCAAAAGCAAAGGCAAAAAGGAAAGCGAAAAAGAUGGCUGGUGUAUCACGGUCGCUUCCUAAGGAUGAAGUAACUGAGGGUCACACCUUUAGCAAAUCUGAUUUACAUACAUUGGAGGCGGCCUGUGGUGCGACUGAAAUGUUGAAUUCAAAACAAAUGGCUGUUGAAGGAUUCAAGGCCCAGAGUGAAAUGGUGAUUGACAGUCUAGAUAGGCUAAUCACUGCAUGGGAAGAACGAAAAGAGUCCGUUGUUGUUGAGGGUGUUCACUUGAGUCUCAACUUUGUUAUGGGGCUUAUGAAGAAACAUCCUUCAAUCAUACCCUUCAUGAUAUACAUUACAAACGAGGACAAGCACAUGGAACGAUUUGCUGUGCGUGCAAAGUAUAUGACCCUGGACCCAGCUAAAAACAAAUAUGUAAAGUACAUCCGAAAUAUAAGAACAAUCCAGGAUUAUCUCUGUAAGCGGGCUGACAAACAUUUAGUUCCAAAAAUAAACAAUACAAAUGUUGACAAGAGUGUAGCAGCCAUCCAUGCUACUGUGUUUAGCUGUCUACGUAGGCGUGAAGUUGGGGAAAAGUUAUACGAUCCUAGUAGAAAUAUUGUAACUAUUAUUGAUGAUGAAUAUAGAAAUCAAUGUGCCGCCAAUUCUUUGAGCUCAAAAGGAAUGUUUCAAUUGAUCCAACGGCAAGGUUCUUCAAGGCAUCUUAUGGCUCUUGUAAAUACUGAUGGCUCUGUGGCAAAGGCUUGGCCUGUUAAUUCAUUGGACUGUAACGGGAAGCCUAUAUGGGGCCACGGACAAGAGAAUGACAUUGGAAGUCCAAUGUAUGGACCGUUGCGGAUUGGUAAGGCAGAACCUGUAAACCUUCAGUUUGGUCUCUACGGGAUCAGUGCUUGGCCCUGUGAUGGUGGUACAAGCCGUGCUGGAAGUGUUGAUGAGUCAAAAGCUGAUGGGACUGACACGGGUAGUAGAUAUGUAUCCUCCUGCUGUAGUUCACCAAGGAUGUCUGAUGGACCUUCAAAGGAGCUCAAGGAGGAUCUUUCAGUGCAUGGUAGUGAUGAAGAGAUCGAUGAUCAAUUAGAGGCGGGAAGUGAUGAUGAUGAUGAUGAUUUCAGUGACGAUGGUGACAAACAUAUUCAUGAGGAGGUAGGCUCAGUUGAUGAGGAAUCAACAAAGUCUGAUGAAGAGUAUGAUGAUUUGGCAAUGCAAGAUGUGCCUGAAAAUGGAUAUUGGUCAGAUGAUUAUGAUGAAGAGUUAAGGAGUGAAGUAGCUAUUGGUCAUGGAAAUAAGUAUCGUCAAAACCUGGAUCUCUUCCUUAGAACCAGAAGUGAGCCGGUUCCAGAGUCCUUAUGCUCAUAUUCAUCUUUGCUUAAGGAAAAGGUUGAAAGGAGACUGCCACCAUCUGGUAAAGCCAAAUUGAGAAAACGUUCUCUUAGUAUUUCGGCAUUGGGAAAGGGUAGUUCCGCGGUCCUGGAUCCCAUUCCCUCUGGUACUCCUCAAAGGUAGUAGGAUACUCGUUCUUUAGUCGAUUUCUUGACAACUAUCCUAACUUUUUCUCCUAUGCCUUUUGGUUUGAGAACUUUGUUGUUGUGUUUUAAGUCAACCCACUGUUUAUAGUAAGGUCUCUCGAGUUUAUAUCAAAACCAUUUGUUUUGGUAUAGAGGAGCUACUUAAUUCAGAUUGAGAGUUGUGAACACUGGUGAGAUUUUGCUUACAAUCUAUACAAUGAAAGUUUGCAUAA